AUGACGGUCACGUACACAGCCCGCGUGGCCAACACACGCUUCGGCGGGUUCUCGCAGCUCCUGCUGCUCUGGCGCGGGAGCAUCUACAAGCUGCUGUGGCGGGAACUGCUCUGCUUCCUGGGCCUCUACCUGGCGCUGAGCGGCGCCUACCGCUUUGUGCUGAACGAAGAGCAGAAGCGCUACUUUGAGAAACUCGUCCUUUACUGCGACCAGUACGCCAGCCUCAUCCCGGUCUCCUUCGUCCUCGGCUUCUACGUGACGCUGGUGGUGCACCGUUGGUGGGACCAGUACCGGUGCAUGCCGCUCCCCGACGCACUCAUGUGCGUCGUGGUGGGCACAGUGCACGGGCGGGACGAGCGCGGGCGCCUCUACCGACGCACGCUGAUGCGCUACGCUGGGCUCUCCGCGGUGCUCAUCCUGCGCUCUGUCAGCACCGCUGUCUUCAAGCGCUUCCCCACCGUGGACCACGUGGUGGAGGCUGGGUUUAUGACCCGUGAAGAGCGAAAGAAGUUCGAGAACCUCAACUCGCCGUACAACAAGUUUUGGGUGCCCUGUGUCUGGUUCUGCAACCUGGCGGCACAGGCCCGGCGGGAGGGACGCAUCCGGGACAACAGCGCCCUCAAACUGCUGCUGGAGGAGCUGAAUCUGUUCCGGGCCAAGUGUGGGAUGCUUUUUCACUACGACUGGAUUAGCGUCCCCCUAGUCUACACCCAGGUGGUGACCAUCGCAGUGUACAGCUACUUCCUGGCCUGCCUCAUCGGUCGUCAGUUCCUGGACCCAGCCCAGGGUUACAAAGGCCACGACCUGGACCUGUUCGUGCCCAUCUUCACUCUGCUGCAGUUCUUCUUCUACGCAGGCUGGCUCAAGGUAGCAGAGCAGCUCAUCAACCCUUUCGGAGAGGAUGACGACGACUUUGAGACCAAUUUUCUGAUCGACCGUAACUUCCAGGUGUCGAUGUUAGCCGUGGACGAGAUGUACGAUGACCUGGCCAUGCUGGAGAAGGACCUGUACUGGGACGCCUCCGAGGCUCGCGCCCCCUACACAGCGGCCACCGCCUUCCUGCUGCAGCAGCCCUCCUUCCUGGGCUCCACCUUUGACAUCACCCUGGCCAAAGAGGACAUGCAGUUCCAGAGGCUAGACGGCGCGGACGGGCCGCUGGGAGAGAGUCACGGCGACUUCCUACAGCGCCUCUUGCCGGCGGCUGCGGGCACAUACUAG